UCCUUCCUCCAUUGACUGAAGCGGAGCUGCGGGAGGAGAAGAAGACACACCGGACUGCUUCCACACCAGCCGUGUCGUGCUCUCUAAUACCUUUUUAUGAUUUUUUCUUCAUUAAUACACCCGCUGCUUCCGUGAUUUAUGGACAUGAUAUGAGCCGGUCAAGGUCCGGUCCUCCGCGGCCACGGGUGGAUCUGCGACCGUCAGCCGCAGGAUGAACGCAUGACUCCUGUAGCGAUGGAAUGUCAUGUUGCUGCGUGGAAUCAAAGGGAAUCUCGGAUGAUGCCACCGCUGCCAAGGAAAUGGCCCAAAUCUGUCACGUUUUUGUGCGAUUAAUGUGAAAAGAGGAUCUUGUCCUCCGAUUCGUUUUGCCCGCAAGGACAGAGGUUUCCGUAAAAAAAAAAAAAAAAAAGGAAUCAUCAUGUCGGCGGUGAUGAUCACCAAAAAGGUUCGAAAAUGGGAGAAGCUUCCGGGGAAGAACACCUUCUGCUGCGAUGGGCGAGUGAUGAUGGCCCGACAGAAGGGGGUCUUCUACCUGACCCUGUUCCUCAUCAUCGGGACCUGCACCCUCUUCUUCGCCUUUGAGUGUCCGUACCUGGCUGUCCAUCUGUCCCCUGCCAUCCCAGUGUUUGCAGCUGUGCUCUUCCUCUUUGUCAUGGCCAUGUUACUGAGGACCAGCUUCAGUGACCCCGGCGUGCUUCCACGGGCUCUGCCAGAGGAGGCCACCUUCAUCGAGAUGGAGAUAGAGGCAGCCAAUGGCAACGUGCCUGCCGGACAGCGCCCCCCGCCCCGAAUCCGAAACGUUCAGAUCAACAACCAGAUUGUCAAGCUGAAGUACUGCUACACCUGUAAGAUCUUCAGACCGCCACGCGCCUCCCACUGCAGCAUCUGUGACAACUGUGUGGACCGUUUCGACCACCACUGUCCCUGGGUGGGCAACUGUGUGGGCAAGAGGAACUACAGAUACUUCUACCUGUUCACUUUGUCGCUCUCCUUGCUCACCAUCUACAUCUUCACCUUUGACAUCGUCCAUGUGGUCAUGCGGUCCGUGGAUAAUGGUUUCUUGAAUACGCUGAAGGAAACACCUGGAACUGUGCUGGAGACGCUGGUGUGUUUUUUCACCCUGUGGUCAGUGGUGGGACUGACCGGCUUCCACACCUACCUGAUCUCCCUCAACCAGACCACCAACGAGGACAUCAAAGGAUCCUGGUCGGGCAAGAACCGAGUACAGAACCCGUACAGUCACAAGAACUUCAUGAAGAACUGCUGUGAAGUCCUGUGUGGACCCACGUACCCGAGCGUGCUGGACAGAAGAGGAGUCAUGUCGGAGGAUCCUGCUGCUUUUCCUGCGUCAUCUGCUGCUUCUGCGACAUCGGCCAGCAGCAGCCCCUUACCACAGACCCCGCGGGCCGUCCUGUGUCUCCAGAAGCCGACCCCCCCUCUCAUCGUGGAGCAUAACACUCUGGACGACACCAAGUCCAGUGUCGCCGACUCGGCAGAAAGCCUCUCCACCUUCUCGUCGAAGCCCCCCACUGGCCCCGGCCUCCCUCCUCUGGCUUCACCUGAGACAGAUGCGGACACGUCGAUUGCUAAGGACAGCAGCCACUAGCUGCCGGCAGGGGGCGCCACUGCUCCCCCGACCUCUCAGCAUAAACUCUUAACAGGAGAAAGUGACUUCCUCUCUCGCGUCGUCUCCUCGCCGCAGAGCUGCUUGACUGACAGUUGGAUGCAGAGUCUUUGUCUUCUAAAACCGCUGCAUGGAAACGUCUCGCAGGAGGAGAAACCAAACCUCUGCAGAUCACAUGAUUGUCUUCUUUAUUUAUAACUGUAACUCAAGUGUACUCGGCAAAGACAAUAGAGCUUCUCCACGUGUUUAGAUCACAGUGCGUCGGUUCUUGUGCACACACACACCACAUGCUCUAUGCAAAACAUGAGUGGAAGCAGAGGGAAGAAGAACCCUGGAUCACCGCGCAGCAGGAGGAGGAACUGUAGCUACAUUCACUCGACGCCUCUUUCCAGUCAGUUUUAACUCUCAGAUGGCUUCAGUGUUCUUCCCUGUUUUCAUACAACCAACCUGCUCUUCCAUGGUAACACAGUGAAGGGUUAAAUCAGGCGCUGCAUGCGUGCAAGGUUGAACUUUCUAAAACCUAAGUUUGAAUCGGUGUCAAACAGUUUCUGCUAAAAAUGUAAAAAGCAAUGGCUGAUCAGUGUGUUGUGGGUUCAAACUAUCGGUGUAUUCAGGAUGACAUUUUGCCUCACACUUCAUUUCUACUUCCGUUUGUGGCCACUCCCAAACAAGUUCUGUUGCGCACUGCAAUAGUUGAGGACCUGUUUAUACUCUAAAGUGAUAAAGGUUUAUCGUGUUAUGAUUUAUGAUGAGUUAAAGCUAUACUCAUGUACACGGAAAGCAGCCAACUGAAGAAGAGCCUCCUCCUGCUUCCCUAACUGUCUCUCCUCUUCCUGACACCCUGAUGCAAAAAAUAUCUCACCUUCCACGUUUCAAGACCUCAUGGUUGUUUUCACCGAAAGACAGCGACCCGCCUGUGUAUCUAGCCAAUUUAAUUUGGGUCAAAGACGUCACUGAUGAGACUGAGCAGCUGAUUUGUGUGUUAAAUCGUCAUUAGCUUGUAUUGAGAAUUUCGUGACCGUGUCGUAUGGAAGAGCAAAAUUAGUUUGUGUGUAGAGAUUUUAGUCGACAGUAUAUUACCAGGCUGCCCAAAACUAGACGAUUAUAAACUCAGCAAGUCUUGGAACUCUGUAUUUAUCUCUAAUAUGUUCAUUUAAGUUCUGCGGCAUACUCGAACGAAGAGCUAGACAGAUGAAGUAGAGGCGUCCGUAUUGAGAUGUGAAGUUUUGUACUGUGACUUUGAAGCCCUCCCGACGGUGGGUGGACUUUUAGGCGGGUGUAUUUGCUGGGAAGCAAGAAUGUCUGUGACUGAUGUUUCUGAAAAAGAAGGGAAGUUUGUGUGUUGAAUUCAGUUUUUAUCACUGUGCAGAACAAGAGUGUUUGGUUACGGUAUUUGAUUUUUAUGAUCCGUUUUCUGGAGUGCGGUUCUGAUCCAGAGUGACCAGACACCAGGUUGAUGUUUAGGUUCACUUUGUUUGUUAUCAACACUGUGAUCACACGAGUGUCAUUUACUCCACUUCUUUUACAUGAUGUGUCUGGUAACAAUAAAUGCUGUAUUAUUAUUAUUAUGUUAUUAUAUUGAAAACAUGAGUUGUGCUAAAAAUUAA